AUCUUAAUAGAACCUACAUAACAGUGAAAAGAGGAAGCUUGACAUUUUGUUGUUAAAUGAGAACAUUUAUGACGAACCAAUAGGUUGUUUAAUUUAAUAAAUUGCAAGAAACGGCGUUCAAUCUACACAGUAAUUAAAAGGCAACUGUUUUAGGUAUCUAUGCAAAACGUUAGACUUAAAUUAACACUGCUAAGGUUGUUAGCUGGCUAACUAUAUGAACUUUGAAAAGAACAAGACAACGAAAAAGGUUCUAUCUAGGAGACACGUUGGGUCUUACAAGAACAUUAGUAGGUCGUACCUCAGGUAUGAAUAGAAAACGGGCUCUGGUUUCCGACGCUUUCAAAGUAAAGAAAAGGAGAAAUGACACAGAAAAAUUUGGAGCUAGUGACGAAGGUGGUGAACCAGCUGACAUGAAAGCCACCUUGGAGAACCUCAUGACUUUAUUUCCCAGAAAGCUCUUUAAUGACACAUUGCCUCCUAUUGUACUGAAGCAUCAGUUGUACAGUGUACACAAUGACAAGACCCUGGUGGAUAAGGAAGUGAAUAAACUCCAGGAGAGUGGGGAGCUGCUGAUGUUCCAGCUCGGGUUUGACUCUGAAGCAUUCGGGCUGGUGUUUGCGUCCGACUACAAGACCAAAGUACUGGCUGGCGAAGAGGGGAAAGCAACACAAGCAACUGUUGAAAGGUUCCUGGAGAAAGUGGUGUCCUCCUGCACAGAUCUGAGCUUCAGCAAAGACAAGAUGCUGAGAGAGUUUCUCUUCACAGACUCUGAGAUAACGCAGCUGGUGAAGUCAGGGGUCCUGACUGUGAGGGAUGCUGGCAGCUGGUGGCUUUCCAUCCCCAAUUCUGGCAAAUUCACAAAGUAUUUUAUUCAAGGACGUAAAGCAGUGCUCGGCAUGGUGAAGAAGUCUAAAUAUAGUGAAGUGUUACGAGUCGAUCUAGAGGAGCGACGAACAACCUCACAUGUGAAAUUUCCUAUGAAAUAUCAUGUCCAUGACAUUGUUGGGGCAGAAUUGGUUGAAAGCAUACCUACAACUUCAGGGACUUUGUUACGAUUUGGAGAUUCCUGAGCUGCUACUGAGCAGCUGGAGUUUCUGAAGAUGAGAAAUAUCAAAAAUAUCGGAAAGCUGUGACCUUUGGGUUGCCGCUAAGUAAAUAAUCUUUUCACUUUAAGAUGUAAAGUUUGUGCCACAUGUAUUAUCAACCCUGUGUGGGUUAAUGAAUUGUACAUUUUAUUGACAUGAGAUUGUUAAAUGUUGAGUUAUCUUGUAAUAAAAAAUUACUGUAGACAUUU